AUGGGGUUCUCAAAAAAACAAUUCCCAACCUACCUUUUGAAUACUAUACUAUUUGAGGUUGUUGUUUUUUCCUGGCUAUGGUUACAUGUUACAAGCCUUGGUUCCAUGUCAUCAAUUGCUGUGUCUUAUGGAGAUAAGGGUUCAGCUUUCUGUGGCUUGAAAUCUGAUGGAUCUCAUACUGUGACAUGCUAUGGAUUCAAUUCGGCUAUAGUUUAUGGAACACCGUCUCAUUUUCCGUUCAUCGGUUUAACUUCUGGUGAUGGUUUUGUUUGCGGACUUUUGAUGAGUUCGAAUCAACCGUAUUGUUGGGGGAGUAGCAGCCAUAUUGAAAUGGGUGUGCCACAACCUAUGGUUAAAGGAGCUCAGUAUUUAGAAAUCAGCGCCGGGGAUUAUCAUGUUUGUGGAUUGAGGAAGCCUUUAACAGGAAGAUUCAGGAACAUUUCUUUUGUUGAUUGUUGGGGGUACAACAUGACGAAUAACUACGUGUUUGAUGGACAGAUUCAAUCGAUUUCGGCGGGUUCUGAGUUCAAUUGUGGACUUUUUUCGCAGAAUAGGACGGUUUUUUGUUGGGGCGAUGAGGUUAGUAGUCAAGUUAUUAGGUUGAUUCCUCGCGGUAUGAGAUUUCAGAAAGUUUCUUGUGGAGGGUAUCAUGUGUGUGGAAUCUUGGAAGGUGUGAAUUCAAGAACUGUUUGUUGGGGAAGAAGUUUGGAUAUGGAGGAAGAGAUUUCGUUGAUUCCGAAUCAAGGACAAGGUGGUAGUGUUGAGUUGGCACCAAAUGAUCCUAUGCUUUCUGUUGUUGGAGGAAAGUUUCAUGCUUGUGGAAUUAAGAGCUAUGAUCAUGGUGUGAUUUGUUGGGGUUUGAGUUUGAAAACAAGCACAACAGUUCCUAAAGAGAGUAAAGUGUUUGAAAUUGCAGCUGGUAAUUAUUUUACAUGCGGAAUUCUCGCUGCGAAAUCGCUCGAACCUAUUUGUUGGGGUGUUGGAUUUCCAACUUCUCUACCUUUGGCUGUUUCGCCAAGAACGAGAAAGUGUUUCUCUGAACCUUGUCCUGCAAGUUACUAUGAAAUUGAAAAGGAUCAACAAAAGGGUCUAAAUUGUAAGGAUUCGAAUUCGCACCUUUGUGUUCCAUGCAGUGGUGUUUGUCCUGAUGAAAUGUAUGAGAAAAGUCGUUGCGAUUCGAAAUCUGAUAUAUUGUGUGAAUAUAAUUGUUCGGUUUGCUCUUCGCCGGAAUGUUUCUCGAAUUGUUCCUCCUCUUCUUCUUAUCCCAAUGGUGAUAAUGGGAAGAAAAGUGAAAGAUUUUGGUCUAUGCAGUUGAUAGUAGUUGUUUCUGAGAUAGUGUUUGUUGUUUUCAUAGUUAGUGUUGUGUCGAUAACCGCGGUUAUGUAUGUUCGUUACAAGCUUAGAGAUUGCGAGUGUUCGACAACAGCGUUAAACUCGGCGACGAGACUCAAUGUUGGUUCUUCGGCACAAAAAGAUAACGGAAAGAUUCGACCGGACGGGGAGGAAUUUAAGAUAAGGAGAGCUCAGAAGUUCACAUAUGAGGAACUUGAAAAUGCAACUAGUGGAUUCAAAGAAGAAUCCAUAGUAGGUAAAGGAAGUUUUUCAUGUGUGUUCAAAGGUGUUCUCAAAGAUGGAACAGUUGUUGCUGUUAAAAGGGCUAUUAUGUCACCAAACAUGCAGAAAAAUUCGAAAGAGUUUCACACAGAACUCGACUUGCUAUCGAGGUUGAAUCAUGCUCAUUUGCUCAAUCUAUUAGGCUAUUGCGAAGAAGGCGGUGAAAGAUUACUUGUUUAUGAGUACAUGGCUCAUGGAUCAUUGCAUCAACACCUCCAUGGCAAAAACAAGGAGUUGAAAGAGCAAAUGGAUUGGAUCAGACGGGUAACAAUCGCGGUCCAAGCCGCGCGAGGAAUCGAGUACUUACACGGUUACGCGUGUCCACCGGUUAUCCAUAGAGAUAUCAAAUCUUCAAAUAUCUUAAUAGAUGAAGAACACAAUGCUCGAGUUUCGGAUUUCGGUUUAUCGUUACUUGGUCCAACGGAUAGUAGCUCCCCGUUGGCCGAGUUACCAGCGGGGACGCUCGGUUAUCUCGACCCCGAAUACUAUAGACUUCACUACCUCACAACAAAAUCAGAUGUGUAUAGCUUUGGUGUUCUACUAUUAGAAAUCCUAAGUGGUAGAAAAGCUAUUGAUAUGCAAUAUGAAGAAGGUAACAUUGUUCAAUGGUCGGUACCGUUAAUAAAAUCGGGCGACAUAGCUUCGAUUUUAGACCCUUGUUUGAAACAACCUUCUGAUAUUGAAGCAUUGAGAAGGAUAGCAAAUGUUUCUUGCAAAUGUGUGAGAAUGAGAGGUAAAGAUAGGCCUUCAAUGGACAAAGUAACAACAAGUUUGGAAAGAGCAUUAGCAAUGUUAAUGGGAAGUCCUUGUAUUGAUCAACCAAUUCUACCAACAGAAGUUGUUUUAGGAAGUAAUAGAAUGCAUAAGAAAACAUCUCAAAGGUCGUCGAACCGGUCGGCUUCAGAAACCGACGUGGUCGAAGGCGAAGAUCAAAGGUUCGAGUUUAGAGCACCUUCAUGGAUAACUUUUCCAAGUGUUACUUCUUCUCAAAGAAGAAAAUCUUCGGAAUCGGAAGGCGAAGUUGAAGUGAAGAUUGAAGGAAGAAACUUUGUUGGUGGUGGUGAUGUUUUGAGAAGCCUUGAAGAAGAGAUUGGUCCUGCUUCUCCUCAAGAGAGACUCUUCUUGCAACACAACUUUUGA